GUACAGUGUGUUCGCCUGUAUAGGCUUCGGGCAUCGAAUGGUUGCCGAUUGUUUGUAGGCUUAUAGCUUGGGAAAUGGCAGAGGGCUAUAUAGUAGCCCGCGAGGCUGAGGGCCUCGCGACAGUGCCACCUGAGGUGCUGGAGCAGCCCGACUGCACAGCGUUGAAGCUUAGCCACAACAAAAUAUCGGCCGUGCCCAGUGGAACUUUUCCCAGGCUACCCAAUUUGGUGCUUUUGGACCUGUCCUACAACCACCUCACAAGUAUACCUAGCGAUAUAGCAAGAUGCAGUUCCUUGAAGGUGGUCCUGUUGGGACACAACAGCCUCGGCCACAUCCCCUCGGGCAUUUUUCACCUUGUCAACUUAGAGCAGCUAGCUUUAAACCACAACCGGCUAUCCGAUGUUGGCGGUCCAUGGUUCCAGCUGAGCGUGCUGAAGGCUCUGGAUCUGUCGUACAACAACCUGCGCAUGCUGCCUCCCGACAUCGGCUGGCUGCCGCUGAGCUCCCUGGAGCUGGAGGGGAACAACAACCUGAGGCUGCCGCCGGGGGUGCUGGCGGGGGGAUUCAGGUGGGUCAUGAGCUACCUGCAGGUGAUCUGCGAGCAGCACCGGCUGGUGGAGCAGCACCUGGACAAGUUCGCAGCGCCCGCAACAGAGGGGGAGGGAGCCACGCCGCUGAGGUCCCGUCCCUCCGACCCCAAGGCCCUGGCUGCGCUCAUCGCGCGGCGGCUGAGUGCCGCUGCGGUGACGGGCGUGUUGGAUGUGAAGCACUGCGGCACGGAGGCGGCGGUGGGGGAGCUGGCCAGGCUGCAGGCGGUGUACGUCGCCGACGUGCGGCACAACAGCUGGGGCACCCUGCCCGCGGAGGUGCUGCGGCUGCGGGGGCUGGUGGUGCUGAAUGCCUCGGACAACGAGAUUGAGACGCUGGCGGAAGGCAUCACCCCCGACCACCUGGGCGUCCUCAACCUCUCCUUCAACCGCCUCACCCACCUGCCCCCCGCCCUGGGCGCCGCACCCGUGCUGCAGCAAAUGUACCUGGCCAACAACCGCCUGACCGACCUGCCGCGCACCUUUGCCUGCCUGCCCAUGGUGGACCUCUUCCUGAGUGAGAACCUGUUCGAGCGGCUGCCGGUGGCUAUCCUGGGCAUGAGCCAGCUGGCCAAGCUGAGCAUGGCGUGCUGCCGGCUGGCGGAGGUGCCGGAUGCGCUGGGCAGUGUGGAGACGUUGAAGUUCCUGGACCUCUCCUUCAACCGCCUGCGCUGCCUGCCCUCCGGCCUCUCCCGCCUCACCGCCCUCAACGCCCUCAACGUCUCCUUCAACCCGCUGGACGCCUUCCCGCCCGUGGUGACCGCAAUCCCCGGGCUGCUGGAGCUCAACCUGGACUACACGGGUAUCACCACUGUCCCCGAGGGGUUGGGCGAGCUGCGGCGGCUGGAGGGGCUGCAGCUGGAGGGGUGCAGCCUGCCGCAGCCGCAUGCCACACUGUACGAGGCCAACCCGCUGCUGCUGGUGCAGAUUCACAACACGGCGCUCACCUCUCUGGACCUCUCAGGGCUGGGGCUGGAACAGAUCCCUCAGCUGUCCCGCCUGGUGGGCCUCACCGCGCUCGACCUCUCCCGCAACGCCUUCACCCGCCCGCCGCCCGAGCUGCUGCGCCUCCCCGGGCUGCAGCAGCUCAGCCUGGCGGACUGCCCGCUGGUGGAGCCGUGGGGGGCGCUGCGGGGGGCGCACGGCGACCUGGCGGUGAUUGACCUGAUGAACCCGGAAGUGGACAAGCUGGACCUCUCCGGCUGCGACCUGGCCUCCCUCCCCGCCGAGCUCGCCCCCCACGCCGGCCGCCUGUCCCUGCUGAAGGCCUCCUCCAACCGCCUGACCGACCUGCCCGAGUGGCUCGCCUCCUUCGCCUGCCUAUCCACCCUGGUGCUGGACCGCAACGCGUUGGGCGAGCUGCCCAGCAGCGGGGUGCUGGGGCGGCUGCCGAAGCUGGGGAUCCUGAUGGCCAGCAGUAAUGCGAUUCGGGAGCUGGCGCCGGAGGUGCUGACCAGCCUGAGCAAGCUGCAGGCGCUCGUCCUCCAGAACAACCAGCUCUCCGACCUGCCGCCCGCCAUCUCCCGCCUCGCCGACCUCAAAGCGCUCGUCCUGCCCGGCAACCGCCUCACUCGCCUGCCGGACGAGCUGCCCUCCUUCUGCACCUGCCUGCGCCUGCUGGACAUCAGCCACAACGCGCUGGGCCACCUGCCCUCGGGCAUCGGCGCGCUGAGCAGGCUGAAGUGCCUGCGUCUGAACCACAACUGCCUGGGCACGGUGCCCAAGGGGUUGUCAUGUCUGGCGGGGCUGACGGAGCUGCUGCUGGCGCAUAACCCGCUGCCGCUGCAGGGUAUGGACCUGAACGCCACCACAGCACCCGCUGUACGGCAAAUGAUAGCCGCCCUGCUAGCCGCCUGCGCUCACCUGCCGGCAGCAGCGCACGCCGCCGAACUGGAAAACGCAGCCGCCGCGCUCACCACCAAGGCCGCCGCCGCCGCCGGCGCCAGCCGGCCCUCCUCAUCUGCAGCCCCGCUGCGACUCGGUCUUGAAUCCGCUGCUGCUGCUGCUGAUGGUGGUGGUGCUGACGAUGCGUUGGGUGAAACGGAGGCAUCGGAGGCGGCGGUUGCGGCGGUGGUGGAGACGGAGGCGGAGGAGGAGGCUGCUGCGGUGAUGGCGGAUGUCGCUGCGUUGCGGGACGAGGAGGCGCAGCGGGAGCAUGCGGGGGGGGCGGUGCUGCGGCCGGUGGCGCUGGUGGCCUCGGGGGAGAUCCGCACGCUGGAGGAUCCGGAGGCUGUCAAGAAGAGGGUGGAGGAGCUGCAGGAGGAGCUCCGCGUCAUGCACCCCGACUCCCGCUGGCUCUACGUCGCCAAGCACGUGGAAACCAUUGGCCGCGACCCGCUCCGUCCCAAGGGCGAAGCCUGGCAGAAGGUCCCCCUCAUGAACAUCCCGCGCAUCAUCGCC